AUGGACACAAUGAAUCUUCAACAAGCUUCACGUAGCAUACAUGAAAUGCUUUAUACACUUGGUACAUCGCUGGAUAGGUUCCGGGGUGCAAAUGGCUUGCAGCACCUGGCGAACACCGGAAGGCUAUCCCUUCUGUCGCUUUUUGGCAUGUUUGAGCGCACCAGGGAUGAAAACUACGAGAAGCGUUCCUCAGCUAUCUUCGAGACACGGCGCUGUUUGCUGCAGCUUGUUGACGACUUCGAGGGGAUUGCUGGGACUACCGAGAAGCUGAUGCAAGGAAUCGACCGACUGCUUGUUACGCUCGAGCAGUUUCAUCGCUGUUGUGACAUUGAGAUAGACGAUCGCAUCAAUGUCGACGAUUCGGCCAUCAAGCAACUAGAGCAACGCUUUCAACAGAUUCGCGAGGCUAACAGUCGGCUAAAAGGAUCUCUGGAAGACUUUAGCACCUCAAAAGUCACGUGCGUGGAUAUAACACGCAACGUCAUAAUGGAGGUUGAAAAGGUGAAUACAGACACGUCGCGUAAUGUUGCUGCCGCACUCACAGACUUCGACCAUCAGCGUCGUCGCGUCCAGAUUAAGGAGAACGAAAUGGCGCAGGCCAUGUCCCGCACAUCAAGGGAAGACCCGGCUGUGAGAUUUGCAGAGCUUAACUACGUGAAGGAAUCAGAGGUGCUGGAGGGUCUUGGUCGGAAGUAUAUUGAUUCUCUCGGAAAUGCAAUGAAGGCAACUCAUUUUGUACUGGAGCAGUCGUCGAUGACUGGCUGGGCGUCGUCGAACGUCUUCUUCGUGCAGCUUGGUCAGCUUUUCAGCGAGAUGUCGGCAAGUGCAAAGGCGAUCGCAGCGAACCUGCUGUUCAUCAAGAACUCGCAGAAAGUUUCUCAUCAGCUGACAGAGGAGAAGCGAAGGAUUUUACAAGAGCAGAGAGCAACAUCAACUGCGGCAGUCGCGGCGACUGUCACUACGACACGUCCCUUUACUGAAGGCGCAAGUGCCUCACCAGGAGCGUCGUCCCCUUACUCGUGCACGAAUGACUCUUUGGUGCCAUCUCCUCUCCCAACUGCAUCGCAACUGGGGCCAUCGGCUAAGGAAGGCUCACCGACUGAAGGACCGGAGCGCAGGCCUGUGAAUAUUGAAGACUUGUUUCAAUGA